AUGUGGCGAUGUUUGUAGCCUGUUAAAAAAGGAAUUUAAUGAUGUUAAAUUUAGUUCUUUCGAUAAAGUUCACACCCCACAAACAUAAACAUCGGCUACUGUCGGGCAUUUCAGAGCUUUUUUCAAGCGAUGUGGUAAUCCCAAAAUCCCCUCCAUCACCAAAAAAUGCCCGACCCAACAACGUCGCUGACAACUCUCGAUGCACUGUUUAACAAUCCUGUUUUCGCCGGUGGCAUCGGUCUUGCAGGUCUUGGGGCUUCUGCUGCCAUAGGACGACGUUUCAUGAUACUAGGAGCUUCCACCAUCAAACGACGUCUUUUGGUAAAUCUCGAAAUCAGUAAAGAGGACCCGUCAUAUCAAUGGAUCUUAGCAUGGCUAUGUCUCCCUCGACCACCUGGAGGUUUCAUCGCAUCAAGAAUUACCCGUGUUCAUGAUUAUUCUAUGCGAACGACCGGCGAACAAUUAGAAGGUGGUCCAUCAUCUGCGACAUUUCUUGCGCAACCAGGAUAUGGCAGGCACAUUGUGCAGCAUAAGGAUGCGUUUAUACUAGUUCAGCGGGAGAAGCAAAGCAGUCAUAAUAUGAAUACCGGUGUACCGCAUGAGACGAUUACUCUACGAACAUUAUACGCCCAUCGACAUAUAUUCGCGGAUAUAUUUGCAGAAGCACAUCAAUUGGCUGCGACACAGCGCGAGGGGAAAACGGUAGUUUACAAGAGUUCGGGGAUGGAAUGGAGACAAUUUGGGGAUGCGCGACGGAAACGGCCACUGAGCUCUGUGAUCUUAGACGAAGGAGUCAAGGAACGGAUUCUGGAUGAUGUGACGGAUUUCCUCGGGCGACAGCAGUGGUAUGUGGAUCGAGGAAUACCUUACCGGAGAGGUUACCUUCUGUAUGGUCCUCCCGGGAGUGGCAAAACCUCAUUCAUACAGGCCUUAGCUGGAGAACUGAAUUUUGGGGUCGCAAUGAUAAAUUUGAGUGAGCGGGGAAUGACAGACGACAAACUGGCUCAUUUCCUCACCAAGUUACCUCCGAGAACCUUUGUAUUGCUAGAGGAUGCAGAUGCUGCAUUUGUGAAUAGAAGACAGGUGGAUUCCGAUGGAUACUCAGGCGCGACUGUUACAUUUUCGGGAUUGUUAAAUGCACUGGAUGGGGUGGCAGCUGGCGAAGAAAGAAUUGCCUUUCUUACCACAAAUCAUAUUGAUCGACUAGACGCGGCUCUGAUUCGACCUGGUCGGGUUGAUAUGAUAGAAAGAAUUGGCGAAGCUACGAGAUACCAAGCCGGAGAGAUGUGGGAUAGAUUCUAUGGUGAGAUUGACACAGAUGGAGAUGGAAAAAGGCGAUUUUUGGCAAAGCUAGAAAGCUUGGGCCUUGUUGCGAACGAAGAAGGUAAAACGAUUGAGCCGAAGCUUCACACAAGUAUGGCUGCUAUACAGGGACUUUUUGUGUUUAACAAAGACAGCAUAGAAGGAGCCAUUGAUAUGGUUGAGGGGUUAAUACCGAGGAUCUACGAGCCUCAUACCCUUGAGAAUGGGGUUAAGGUAACAGCCUGAGCUUCGGUAGUACUUGCGAGGUAGUAAAACAUCACUGUUCAUAUAUAUUUGUAUAGCAGUACCGACACAAGAGACAUGUACGCUGGAGAAAGCUUUCAUCGGAGCUUUUGUUUCAUUGCCAUGAUAUCCUACAAUUACAACAAAUUUUUCGCUCCCUCCAUUACAUCGAUCCUUCCCUCCUCCAAGGGACAUCAUGAUUGCACUCGUUCCAGUUUACUGAGCGACUGCGCUUCUUCCGCUAUUCUCAGGCAGACCCUCCUCAUCGCCAGGCUCUCGGUAAGUGUCGACCGGCUUAGCAUGUCUGG